GGACGUUCCACGCUUGCUCUCUGCCGCCAUCUCGCUCUCUCCGUCCGCUCCUUAUCUAGCGUGAUGGAUCCUAAUCAGCCAGAGAGCUCUGGGUCGCCCCGCGCCAGCGAGCCCAGCUUUUCCCCCGACGAUAUCAUGGACUUCCGUCUUGACCCCUCCGACCCCCUCAGUUACCUCCUCGACCACAGCGGACGCGAGGACUCUUCGGCGGAGGGCUCCUACAGUGGCUCCAACUCGAACGUGAGCGAUUCGCCGCAGCACUGGUCAGACAUCUCGAGCAUGCUACCGCCACCACCGGGCCUCGAGAUGGGGGAAGGGCAGGUCGACAAGUUCUACGACACGGAUAUGAACAUGGACCUCGAGAACUUCUCGCUUGCGAACCUCCUGGACAUGAACUUCGACCCCUCAACAAUGUCGGUCGACCCGAGUUCCCUACACUUCAACCCUGCUGCACCCUGCCCUGCGCCACCCAGCGUAGUGGACGCCUCCCCCUUCUCCUUCUCCUUCCAGCCCCAUGGCACUCCAGUAGAGUCGAGCACCCCAGAGUCCGCGCAACAGAGCGUUGACUCUUCUCCGUCUUCUUCAGGCGCCUCCCUCUCCCCUGUGAUCGAGUCGCAGAUGGUGUACCCCUCCAAUAACGCGAAUCUCCCUACUCCCCCUGCCCUCAUGCCCCAGCCUCCUCCACCCCAGCAUCACAGCGAGGACCCCAACAUUGCGAUGGCGCAGCGUGUACUGCAGGCCGCCGGCGUGAUGCACGCCGUUCCGAUGUCUGCGCAGUAUAACCAUCCAUCCCAGCAGCCCGGCGCGCAGACGCCCCCCAUCGCCCGUCUGACAGCUCACCCUCCCCCCUCGGUCGGCUGCUCAUCAGCUUCGUCGACUCCCCCGCCGCAGACGCCGCCUGCUUCGGGCGUGCAGGCCGGUCCAGCUCCUUCUGGACGGACCAAGACCUCGCAUACCACCAUCGAGCGGCGCUACCGCACCAACCUCAACGCGCGCAUUCUGUCGCUGCGCAAUGCCGUCCCCGCCCUGCGCUUCCUUGAGGACCGCGAGCCGCGGAAGCCUUCGAUGACUACCCCGGUGAACGAUGUACCGAACACGAACCCUGUCAUUCUCGAUGACAAGGGUCUCGCGGACGGUGUCAAGCCACCGAGGAAGCUGUCGAAGGCGAACGUCCUCCUGAAGGCGACGGAGUACAUCCUCGUUCUCAAACGCCGCGAGAAGCGCUUGUCGCGUGCACAGGACUCGCUGAAGGCCCUCCUCGGCGGACUCGUCGGCGGCCAGGUGCUCGUCGAGGAGUGGGAGCGCGAGUGGCGCCGCAUGUGGGGCGACAUCCUCGACGACCCGAGCGAGGGCAUCUACUCCGAGGCGUCCCUCAUCGGCCUCGGCAUGGCGGAGGACGACGAGGACGAGGACAGCGGCGACGAAGAGGCCGGCGGGAAGCGCAAGCGCCCCCGCGUCGAGGCGGCGCCGCGCGCGCGCAAGGAGAAGGCCGCCGCCUCCGCGCAGCCGCAGAGCACUAUUGUCGUCAACGCGGACGGCAGCACGAGCGUCGUCGUCCCCGAGAAGCGCAAGCGCGGCCGCCCGCGCAAGAACCCGCUCCCGCCGCAGGUCAUCGAGGCGCAGACCGCACCGCUGAAGACAGAGCCAGCGCCGAUACCGCGGGCGAGCAGGACGCAGCAGUUUUUGUUUGCGACCUUCGCGCUGUUCUCGUUCGUCAAUAACGGCCCGCUGGCGAACUACACGAUGCCGAAGCAGCAGCACGCGCAUAGCGGGGUUGUGCUUACUGCGCAUCCGCUCUCUGCGACCGAUGUGCCGACGCCGACGUCGACGUGGGUGCCGUCGACGCACGAGAUGGUGCAGUACUUCCACUUGUUGGUGUCUGUACUCGUCUUCGUGUCGUUUUUCUGGCCCGCUCUGUCGGCAUUCUUCGGCCGCAAGGCGUCGGUGGGUGCCCAGGGCGACGACAAGCAGGUGCUGUCCGCCGCGCUGGAGCAGUCGCAGCGCGGCAAGGAGGACGAGGCGCAGAACAUCCGUGAUGCGCUUUCCGGUGCGUCGGCGAAGGGCCUCUGGGACCUUCUGACCGGCUGGCUGCCGGGGCACGGGUACGACCAUGCGAAGCACAAGAAGAGCGGCAAGUUCGAGCAGCUUGGCUUGGAGCAGCGCGCCUGGGUGCGCUUGGGCGAGCUCGAGGUUCUUCGUGGCGAGACGAACGUCUUCACUCGCUUGUCGACUUACGUGCACAUGCGCCUCCAUCUCUCGUGGUUCACCGCUACCGCCGCCGACCUGUCGACCCUCGCCCUCAUCCUCUACCCCAUCGGCCGCACCAUGGCGCGCAGGACGUGGCGCGCCGCGCUCAAGUCCCAGACCGACAUGCCCGACCGCGCUGCCGGCCGCCGCCGCAUGAGCGUCAGCGGCAAUGCCAUCGACGUCCAGGUGCGCGCCCACGAGCGCCUCGUGCUCGAGACGCUCGACGUCGACACCGCCUUCGAGAAGAUCGCGUGCGCCGGCGCGGGCCACAGCCGCCUCGCGCCCAUCGGCGUCCUCGCCAGCAUCCUGGCCAAGGAGCGCGUCAAGGCGCACCUCGCCGCCGCGUUCGUGCGCGCGGUGCUCGGGCCGGACGACGGCGAGGAGGACGACACGCACGAGCUGCGGCGCACGGUGGACGCGUGCCGCAGCCUGGGCGGCGAGAUGCGCGCGCUGGGCGACCUGCUCGAGCGCGUGGUCGAGGGCGAGGGGGAGGGCGUGUGCGAGGAGAGCCUGCGGUGGACGGGGAGCGGGGCGGGCGCGGGGGACGUGGAGAAGGACAUCCGCACGUUCUUGUCCGCGAUCGCGCGCUACCGCCGGAUCGCCGCGCUGGGCACGGCGGCGCGGUCGGAUGAGUAUGAGCUGCGGAAGGCGCUUGGGGACGUUGUGUUCGAUGCUGCCAUCGAGACGAGCCCGCGACUCGAGGAGGCGCGCGAUCAGGUGGUGGAGAUGCUAUGGAAGCAGCGGGCGAAUGGGGGGAAGAGGGUGCGGUAUGCGCAGGCUUGAUCUACUCUAUGCGCAGGCAUAAUUGUCGAUUAUCUAUCGCUGGGAUUCUUGGCCUGCUCUCGUUAUUUGACUUUGGCUUGCUUUCGCUUUCAUCUACAAUACUAAUGCCCUUGGUUAAAUAUGAAGAAUACAUUGUAUGCUCGAACUUAUACCUCAAUCAAUGAGCUCAACUUGGCACCAUGACACAACCGGCAACAUUGGAG